AGAUCACGGCCUUCGUGGGGAGCCAUCGACGGCGUGUGAAGACCCUGAGUUUAGGGUUCUCAAACCAUCCCCGUCUGGUCCAUUCUUUGCCAAGCUUCUCACUCGCCAUCUCUCUUUCUCCUCUCUGUCUCGUACCCCGGCUCACGCAGGGCUCCGUCUGAGCUACAUUCCUUAGGGUUUCGAAUUGUUUCCGAUUUCGGAGCAAGAUGGGUAAGGGAACAGGAAGUUUCGGCAAGCGCCGAAACAAGACACAUACUCUCUGCAGGCGAUGUGGACGGAGGAGUUUCCACAUUCAGAAGAGCCGCUGCUCGGCUUGUGCCUACCCUGCCGCCCGCAUUAGGAAGUACAACUGGAGUGUGAAGGCUAUCCGUAGAAAGACUACCGGAACCGGGCGUAUGCGCCACCUCCGCCACCUGCCCCGCCGCUUCAAGAACAGCUUCAGAGAAGGUACCGAAGCGGCUCCCAAGAAGCCAGCAGCCGCCGGGGUCUAGCUUUACAAACCUAGAGAUUUGUUUAGAGAAAUCUGUAUACCGAUGAAGCAGAAUCAAAUUUUAUGACCUGGAAUUUUCGAGAGUUUGGUACAUAAGAGAAACUGGAGCUCCCGAGGUUGUCUUCUUAAAAUCUCCGCGUUUUUGCUUCAGAUUCCCUUCGGCAGAGUCUUUGAAAUGCAAUUGGUAUGCACAAUCCUCAACGAUGUUUACACCAGUUGAGAAAGGUCAUUGUCGUGAACAGUCCUUGUUCUACUGAAUUGGUAUUUUGAGUCACCGUACCUUGUUAUUGCAGCAUGGUAGUGUUCAUUAGCCAUAAUGUACUUCUCAAUUGUGUGAAUACGUUUUCACAUGUGAACUUUGACUGCAAGGGCCUAUUUUAGGUCAAACUUGAACACUCGCAAGUUCCCUUGUAUUGGCCAUUCAGAAUUCACAAGAGGUAUAUUUUUACUUUCUGCUAGAUCAAACGUCACGAGAGAUUACUCGAUCGGAUUGUGAAUCUAAAUUUUAAAUAUAACUUAUAUUUUCUCUUCAA